CUGUAGAGUCUGUAGCACUGUAGAGUCCUGGCAGACAGAGUGUAAGUGUCAGCAGAGAUGGCGUUUUCUCUCCAGCACGCACUCGCCCUGUUGUUCCUCUGUAACAGCUGCACUUCAGAAAAAUAUGUGUUUUUAUCUGCAAGAGUUGGUGAGACGGUUACUGUCAACUGCACCAAUCCUGACCAGAAUGUGCCGCAGGAUGGAGUGUACAUGUAUCACCAGCUGGACACAGAUGAAAAGAAAGUGACCUACUUGUAUAAAGACGGCACGUUCACCCCCAGAGAACCUUUCAAAAACCGAUUGGAGACAAACAAAAAGCUGGACACCUUUGCUGUGUCCAUCUUAAAUUUGAGCAUAUCGGACACUGGAGUUUAUUGGUGUGUGUUUAAUAAAGAGGACAAGAACUAUGACAGCAAAGAGAAGACUCUGUUGGUGGUAUCAGGAAACGAAAACUGUGCAAAUGAAGAAAAGAAGAAGGAGAACAACACUCUGACUCUGAUCAUCGUCAGUGUUGGAGCAUCUUUUCUUAUGAUGUUUGCCACCAUCAUUCUGCUGUUGAUAAUACCGAAGAUGAAGCGAUGCUGUGAGCAUGGAAACUUUGCACCCCCUCGCCGUGCUAAAGACGGAGUGUAUGAGGAUAUGCGGGGACGCCGUCAUCCUGCAGCACACACACUCAUCAACCCUGCGUACCAGACCAGCACCAUGCAUGCACACAAACCAUUUACUGAAUCCCCGUAUGAACGUGCUGAUCCCACUUUCCGUCCCCAGUGAUGUUUUGUUGAUUAUUUAAGUGAAAAUAAGUUUACACAUCCUCUGCUGAAACUUAGUUAGCACUCAGUUUUAGUGCAGUUUUAGAGUUUAACAUAGUAAAAAAUAUAAAAUACAAAAAUUUUUUCACAGGUCACAUUUUAUGUUAUUUUUCCCCCCAAUAUGUUAUCUUGUGCAUUAAAGUGUGCAGAAGUGUGUUCUCUGUAGAGGAUAUGUAACUUAUUUACCUUAUAAAUUCAACAAAAAUCAUGGAACUGACCAAACUAUUCAUAUCUGUUUUAAGAAAUUUGGACAAUUAAGGAUCUUUUAACCAUAGCUGUCUUAAAAUUACCCCAAAAUCUGAAAUCUUUAAACAUUUUAGCCUCUUUUGGAUAUUGAAUUGCUAAAAAUUUUAAAAAGCUGAUAUAUUCAUUUGAGCAACAGAUGCAUUACACGACCAUGACCCAGAAGGAUAAGCGGCUUAGAAGGUGUGUGUGUGUGCAUUGCACGAUUUGUUGAGAGGGGCUUUUAUUAUGACAUGUUGCAGCCCAAUGGAGAAGCGACUGUAUUGUUAUGGUUAAAUACAUAUUUUUUUAAUUACGUAGAUGUUAAAAAUGUUAAAAACUUCAAACAAAAGCUCAUAGUGCACGCUUCGUAGGUUACACCUAUUUUAUAAUUAACUAAAUAUCUGUUUUUCCUUUAACUUUUCCCAAACUCUGAAUCUGACCCCUAAUCCUGGCCCUAGUUUUAAUCUCAACCCAAAACCCAGUCAUAAUGCUAGUCCUGAAACUGCUGAUACCAUUUGUUAAUAGUUUGAGCCUUUGGUGAUAAUCUAUAGGGGACUAUCUAAAUAAAGCCAGACUCAAAGCUGUCACAUUCUCUACAACACAGAUAAAGACUUCAGUGCUUGAAGAAUGAUGGACAGAAAAACAGCUCUUUCUUUUGCAGUAGCCAUAAAAUACAGUUUCCACCUGUUUUUGAGCUGUUUUUGUGCACUAGUGUCUAUAUAUAUAUAUAUAUAUAUAUAUAUAUAUAUAUAUAUAUAUAUAUAUAUAAGACCCCUCACCCCUCCCCUUUCACCCAUCAUUGCUUGCUAGCGGCUCAACACAGACGCAAAACAUUUGUAACAGUUUCCUUGUUAAUCUAAUAACAAACGAAAAAUGCUUUUUUCAAUACCUCAGUUAAAAAUAUCCAAGCUUAGUUCCAUUCUGUUGGCAGAAAGGCCCCUAGGGCCCCUGCGGAAAGCGGUUAAAGGAACUCAUGCAACUGGAAUGUGUUUUUCCGACAUGAAAAGAUCUUUUACAAACACAAACCCCUUCGUUUAGUUUGAUCAUUCAUUUAACAAGAUGACCUUUAACUACUGAAAGUGGUUAAAAGCACUGCACUUUAGGAGAUUAAAGUUUGAUCUACAUACUAAUCAAUUAAUGUCGUGUGCCGUCCACAAUACCAGGCACACAUGAUAGGGCUGGGCUGUUUGAUCGGUUCCAGAAACAAAAGACUACCCAAAAUGCCCCAAACCCAUUCAAAGAAAAACGCACUGUCCCUUGACGGUCCCGUAGUUCAGUAUCUCCAGUGACUUUUAGUGUUACAAAUAUCAUAUUCUUGUUAUAAGCUAAAACAGAGAAUGGUUGCCAGAGAUGAGGCACAAGCACUGAGAUAUAGAAAAAAACAAAACUGCUGGCAGUGUACAGCAGCACUUAGCUUAGCGACUAACACUGCUACCUUAUAUGCGAAUCAGUAUCAUGUAAUCAUUAGCUAGGCUACAAAGCAUGCAUAUUUAGAGUGUUAGCAUGUCUGCAAACAUCUAUAGGAACGACAUUAUAAGGCUGAAAAUACAGAUUUGUGCAAAUUAUCGCUGUUCCGUACUUUUUCCAGAUAUCGUGUGUGAUGAUAUUACUGACCCCUCGCCAGACAGUAGCAGCAGAGGUAACAAUGUAGCAUCUGUUUAUAACAAAAGUGUUCUAACCCAGGAGCUGUUUUAACUGUGUUAAAAAUCCAUAGCUAGUUUUAUUUUGAAUUUAUCUGCUAUUUCAUAAAUAGUGAACUAACAUUUUCAUAACGCACUUGCAAAUUUGUAACAAUAAAUUGCUAAUUAUUUUUAUAACUUUGCAACUAAUUGUUUCAUUACCUGUUUUUAAACAGCAGCUGUUUUUAAUAACUCACCAUCAAUUGAUAUUUGAGUAGUGAGCAAUAUAUAUAUAUAUGUGUGUGUGUGUGUGUGUAUAAAAUUCAGCCCACUAGCUAAUUGUUUUAAGAAUUGAUGUAAAUUGUCUCAUUAAUAUAGAAAAGAUGAACAUAUUUGAAUUAUAUAAAUUUGCACUUUUAAAUUUUUAAUUAUAUAAAUGCAGCACUUUAUCCCCUUGUUAUGUUAUGUUAUAUAUAUAUAUAUAUAUAUAUAUAUAUAUAUAUUAUUCUUUAUUAUGGGCCUGCAUCCAAAUAUGCUGUGGUUUUUUUCCUCAGAAAUGUUUUGUCAGAUACCUAUAAAUUGUUCUGAUCUGUUAUGAAUUACUUUUCAAUUACUCCCAGUGGUAACACCAAAAUAUUAAAUUCUGACUUAAAAACAAAUGAAUUUUACAGUGUAUGAUAAUAAAUGAGCUCCAAGUUAUUUUUAUAGAAACUUACAUUUUUAUGUAUAGCUUUUGCACUGAUUUAUUCAAUGUUCUGUCUAAAUAAAAGAGUAAAGAAUAAAAAAAACAACAAAAAAGAAAACGCA